GUCAAGAGAAAAACAAUGUUUGUACUUUCAUUUUCGCAAUUUGACGGGAUUUCGAUCUGCGGCUUUUUUUUGCACUUUUAUCAACCUGUACUUUGAUUUAACCCACGGAAAACAGGAUAACAUAUCCUGAAUUCUUUAACCUCUGUGAGUGCUACACUUAAGAUGGCAUCAGUCCAAGGAAAACCACGGAGAAGACACAGCUUAGACAGUCCACCUAACAUAAGCAGAGAAACCCCACUGAGGAUGCUGGUCUUUGGCGACUCCAGUAAGGAUCAGAUCUCACUGACACGGUCUGUGCUGGGACAAGACGUCUUUACCGGAGAUGAAGUCAAUAUUUCAACGACCGAGAAAAGUUCAGGGGUUGUGCAGGAUAGAGACAUAAUCCUAGUCAACCUACCAAAUCUUCAGGAUAACAACUUGCCACACAGUAUACUUCAUAAGGAGUUUAGGAAGGCAGUUUGUUUCUCAUGUCCUGGUCCUCAUGCUGUGGUGUUUGUUGUGGACCCAUUUAACCUGACCUCUGAUACUACGGACACACUGAAGCACAUGGUACACUACUUUGGGGAACGUGUCUUGAAGCACACAUUGAUUGUUUUAUACCAUGAGCGAGGCAUGAGAGAUCUGUCCAUAGAAGAUGUGGUAAAAAUGAACAAGAGCUUUAGAGAGCUUGCUGAGAAAUGUAGCCAGAACUACAUCUUCUACAAUGAAGAAAUAAACCGGAGCGAGUGUAGCCAGACACGAGCAUUGCUCACCCAAGUGGAUGAGAUGGUCUCGGAGCAUGGGAUGUUUUCAAACAUGGAAUUCAAGGAUGCCGAAAAAAGAAUUCAGAUAGAGGAGCGUUUCAUCCAUAAAUCGAAGGAGAAAGAGAUCAGGGAGGCAUUGAAGGUGCUGGAGAAACUACAUUCAGGAGAAGAGCUUGCCGGUGAGACCCUGAAGUAUGAAGAGAAGAUGCGGCUGAAGUGCAGAGAGAAAGCAGAGCUGGUUGUUGCAGACAAGCUUGGCUUUACUGUAAGAGUUGUUGACUAUGCUGUUGCAGUGGGAAAAGGAGCGUUUGUGGGUGCAUUUCUGGGAUUUGCAGUAGGAUAUGAAGGCAUGGUGGUGGGAGCUGCUGCUGGGGCUGUUCUUGGUGCUGCGCUUGGAGGUGCAGCUAAUGCAGCGUGGAGCUACAUUUACAAAUCCUUUACAGAUGCACGGGGGGCUACUUAGGGGCUACUUAGUAUAUAGUUUUGUUGGUAAAACAUGAAAUAAUACAAUAGUGUGUCUACAAUUGCACUCAAUAUUCACACAAUUGAGCGUAGGAAGCUCAAUAUUCACACAAUAACUUUUUGAUAUUUUUUGCCCUCGUAACUUAUAGGGGCAUUUUUUACAUGGCAAUAGACUGCAUCAUGCAGUAAAUGCUUGCGGACUUGUGUUUUUUUUUUCUUUGCAGAGCAACAUUACUUGAUAACGUGAGCUCACAUAUCAUUAAAACAACUAUUAUAUCCUCGACAGUCGCACACCUCUACCUUUCGCUAAUCAUCUAACGCAUAUUGCAGUUAGAAGCUGAUUUGGUUAGCUUUAAACAUUGUCUGGAAGUAAAGAAAGUAUGUUUUUUUAAUCCACGAUUAAGUAAAGUCAAUACAUUUGCCAAUGCUUGUCCCAGUUUUGUGGGCAGCUGCUGAGUUCCGGUCCCAAAUUAAGGUCUUUUCUCUACCUUUACCUUUUUUUCAUAAUUAAAUGUAAAAAAAUAAAAGCCACUAGGAAAACACAAACUAUAAAAACAUACUUUAACUUAAUUUAAAUUCUAAACUUAUAAAGAUAGUAAAGUUAUUUAUAAAUCAUGAUGUGUAAUCGCCAAUCAAUCUGUAAUGCUAUAAAAGUGUCUGACUCAGCUGCCACAUCUGACCGUGACGUCUAUAUAUAGCCAUUAUUUUGUAAUCAAAACGGAAAUCGUUAUUGCCGGUCUUCGACAAUAAUUCAAAUCAUUUUAAUGCAUUAACGUCAAAGCAUUAUAAGGAUUUUUGCUACUAUUCAAUUUAGGGCAUGUCUGAACUUUUGGGGGGCGACGUGUGAAUGUAUUUUUAAUAUAUAUUUGUUUAUAAAUGUGAAUAUGUUUGUAUAAUAUAUUUUAUAUGAGAUGUCUUUUAUUUGUAAAGAAAAUGUACAUCAAUUAUUUAGUAUGAAAUCUGUUGUAUUAAUCUGUACAUUUGAUAUUUUGUCUAAAUUAUAGGAAUAAAAUCUACUGC